CAGUGGGACUGGAUGAGGCGAGGCAUUUCCCAGGCUUCUCUCUUGCAGCUGCCUUCAAGGCACGACUGCAGGACUUGGGGAGCCAAAGCUUUUCCAUGGCAUCUCUGCUGCAGGUAGCCAUAACACCAGACGGAGACAUGCAGCAGAGACCCCCCACAGUGCCCAAGCUGGCCUGGGUGAAGGAGGAGGAGAAGGAGGAAAGCCCUAGGGCUGCUCCAGCACAGCAGCCUGAAGAGGUGCAGCAGGUGCAGCCCCCGCAGGAGGAUGCAGGCCAGGAGCAGACAGAAGAGCAGCUCCGUGCCCGUGGCCGCUUCCGCAGGGCAGCACAGCUGGUUUGCAGAUUUAUCAGGUGCAUUUGGCAUGAAGAGGCCACUUUCAUGGCCACUGGGGACAUGGCAAACCUCUUCAAUGCCCAGACCAGCGCUGCCCUGCUGGAUAUGUUUGUGGAGAACGGUGUCUACAAAGCAAAGCAAGUGCCAGCCACAGUCAGGUGCAUCCACCAGUGGCUCACGUCCAAUGUGUCUGCUGAGCACAGGCUGGACAAGACUCUGGUCCUGCUGACCAAGGCACACCCCACGGAUGUUGCAGUGACCCUGCUGCGCUCUGCCCCAGCCUGUGACAGGUUUGCAGUGCAGACCGUUAAAGCCCUGCUGCGCCAGCUGCUGGAUGAGGACGUGUUGAUGGCGAUCGGUCGCAAGAGUGGCUGGGACAUGCUCCUCAAGGCUGACAGCCACCACUAUGCAGUGGGUCUGCUGGCCAGGGAGCUGUGCCGUGUCUCCCGCUCCUUCUGCCGCAGCAUCGCCGUCAGCCUGCUCCCGCGGCUCAGCAGGGGAGAUCCCCUGUGGGAACUGCCUGCUCUGGCGUUCCUGGUGGAGGUCCUGCACUGCCUGAACCCCAGACAAUUUGGGCCCAGCGUCCUGCAGAUUAUUUCCAGGCACCUGCGCAGUCAGUGCCCGGAGAGGCGUCGCCUGGCGCUCCGAGGCCUGGUUGUGCUCAGCAGGGAUCCCGCAAUGGCUAAGAGCAUCCAGAGCCUGAAUGAAAGCCUCCUGGAGCUACUGCAGGAUGCAGACACAGAUACAAUUCAGAUGACCCUCUCCGUGUUCAUCAAUGUGCUGGGCUUGAAAAUCAUCCAAAUAUCCAGCCCAAUAGCCCUGAAGUUGCUUGAGGCACUGCGGCCACUCUUUGACAACGAGCACAGCCAGCUGCAGCAGCUCUCCAUGCUCCUCUUCCGGGAGCUGAUGGAAGCGACAGAGAGGAGCAAGAGCCUAAAGCCACACGUGUACCUGAGUCUGGUGCCAUUCUACUUCAACUGGCACGAUGAGAACCAACGUGUGGCAGAGGCCUCUCGGAGAGCACUGUUUGGUGCAGCCAGGUUCCUGAAGUGGAGGGAUCUUGAGAACUUGGUGACCAUGGAGCAGCCAUGGAGGUUUCCCGAGUGCCUGCUGGAAAAGGACAGGAGCCGAGUGGGCCAGUACGUGCGCCAGGCCCUGCCAUUCCUGGAGAGCCCAGAGGAGCCCCUGCGAAAGCUGGCCAUCAAGUUUCUGGGGAUCGCCGCCAGGUCCAUGAAGCAGGAGCAGCCAGAGCUGCAGCUCAUCUGCCAAGCCCUUCAAGACAUCACUGAUGACAGCCCUGCUGUCUCAAACCUGGCCGUUGAAACGCUCCACAUCAUCAGAGCUGUACGGAGAACUUCAUUCUUCCCAUUCUGGUAGUCUCCGUUGCUGCCUCUUCCAGCCUGUAGAGGCAUGACAGAAGACAUCAGACUCGCCAUGGCAGGCCUGGCAAUUCAACACUGCUAUGUGCUGAGAG